AUGGCGAUCGGCACGAAGGCAAAUCGAUACAACUUCCUAAUUGCGUUCUUUGUGACACUGGGGUCCUUCACCUACGGCUACAACUCUUCCGUUACAGCUGGUGUCAUCGGCCUCCCGACCUUUUUCAAGUACUUUGACAUUGACGUAACUACCAGUUCUGGUAGCUCGACCCUUGGCGCAAUCAAUGCCGUCUAUCUCGCAGGAGGGGCCAUCGGUUGUUGGACGUUGGGCUGGCUGGCCGACAUCAUUGGCCGGUGUCGCACCAUUCAGGUCGUCUGUGUCAUCUGUGUCAUCUCGGCCGCCAUUCAAUGCGGCUCUGUCCAUGUGGCCAUGUUCCUGGUCGGGCGGCUGAUCAAUGGCUUUGGCGUGGGCAUGAUGAAUUGCGUAAUUCCCAUCUUCCAGUCCGAGAUUUCCCCUCCAACCCAGAGAGGGCGUCUCGUAGGCCUCCACGGAUUCAUCCUGGUGGCAGGUUAUAGCUGCGGUGGUUGGACGUCGUAUGGCAACUACUUUGCACAUAAUGCCGCUCUGCAGUGGCGUUUGCCCCUUGCUCUCCAGCUUGUGGCCCCCUUGUUGCUGCUUUGUGGCAGUCCCUGGCUUCCAGAGUCUCCUCGUUGGCUGAUCAGCCGCCACCGUGACACUGAAGGCAUGACCAUUCUCGAGGACCUGCACCGAGUCACGACGGAUCCCGAUGCCACUGGUGCGCACAUCGAAUAUCAGCAGAUCAAGGCCCAACUCGAGCUCGAGGCAGAAGAUAAUCUGGGCUCUCUGAUCCAAUGCUUCCGGAAACCGCACAUUCGCAAGCGCAUGAUCUACGGCUUCCUCCUGCAAUGGCUACUCCAGAGCACCGGCGUCCUGGUCGUCUUCAACUACCAGACACUCCUGUACGCCAAUUUGGGCGUCACAGGCUCCUUGCCUAUCCUGCUACUGUCAAUCUACAACCUUGUGGCGGCGUUUUUCAAUUUUGUCAACUCCCUUAUCCUGGAUCGGCUGGGGCGGAAACUCGUUAUCAGCGUGGGAAUAGUCGGCUGUAUCGUUGUCCUAAGCGUGUACACCGCUCUCGUCGCUGAGUUUGCCAACUCCCAGAACCGCGUCGGUAAUGGGUUCGCCAUUUUGUGUCUCUUCCUCUUUGCCGUCUUUUACGGAGGUGCCCUCGACGCCUCGAGCUACGUCUACUGCACUGAGAUCUUCCCUACCUCGGUCCGUGCCCACGGCGUGGGAUUCUCGGUCAGCGGUCUGUUUCUGUCUAACAUCGUCUACACCCAAGCGGCCCCAACCGCCUUCAACUGCGUGGGCUGGAGGUAUUUUCUCGUCUUCAUUAUCGUGCCAAUUGUAGGGCUCUACCCGUUCAUUCAUUUCUAUCCCGAGACUAAAGGUCUUUCUCUAGAAGAGAUUGCUGCCAAAUUCGGAGACCCAGUUGCUCUCGAAACCACCGAAUUCAUCGGCGGGAAACCUGACAUUGAGAACAUCACCAUGGGAAAGGAAAGACACUGCACGCAUGAAGAGGUGGCUGAGUAG